AUGUUUGCAAUUGAUCAGUUAGUACAAUCGAUAACGCCUUACACGGUGAAACCAAUCGUUGCGCAUGCUUACGUCGGUCCAUUUAUCGUAUUAUAUGGCAGCUGGUUAUAUGUGUGGUGUGGAUUGUAUGGCAUUAGUGAAUACUGGGAAUUGGGAUGCAUUGUGAUGGCUGGAAUUGGUUUAUUGCAGGUGUUAACCGUUCUUUUUUGUCAUUGGUUUGUGUCGAUGAAUUGUCUCUUUACGUGUUCUCAUGAACCCGAUGUACACAAGGCAACAACUGUAAAAGUUACACCAACACCCAACAACGGAUGGACUGAAAUGGUACCAUUACAACGAACUAAGUUAUUUGAUGGUCGAUUGAAAUUAUGGUUCGAAUUCCAAAAGGUGCAUUAUACGUUCGACGAGGAUAAGAAGCAAUUCAGAUCGUUCGAAUUGGACACAAAUAAGCCGAUGAAAUAUUUUCAAGAGUCAAAAGGACUCGAAACUGAUGAAGCAAUAGUGGAGGCAAAGCAAGAUUUGGGCGAUAAUCAUAUGGAAAUGGUUAUACCACAGUUUAUGGAAUUGUUCAAAGAGCGUGCGACGGCCCCUUUCUUCGUCUUCCAGGUAUUUUGCGUUGGUUUGUGGUGUUUGGAAGACAUGUGGUACUACUCGGUGUUCACGUUGAUGAUGUUGAUGACAUUCGAAGCAACCUUAGUAAAGCAACAACUGAAAAAUAUGUCCGAAAUCCGAAAUAUGGGCAAUAAAGCCUAUCAGAUCUAUGCGUAUCGUAAUAAACGAUGGAAUCGAAUCAAAAGUGAUGAACUAUUGCCCGGCGAUAUUGUUUCAGUUGGCAGAUCACCAGACGAGCAAGCGGUUCCAUGUGACCUUCUUCUGUUGAGGGGACCGUGCAUUGUGGAUGAGUCGAUGUUGACUGGCGAAAGUGUGCCGCAAAUGAAGGAACCAAUUGAGGAUGUCGAAAAGACGCAGUAUUUUGAUUUUGAAUGCGACAGUCGUUUACAUGUGAUUUUCGGUGGUACGAAAAUCGUUCAGCACACUCCACCCGCAAAGAAUGAGGCUGGAAUAAAAGCACCGGACGGUGGAUGCAUUUGUUACGUGCUUCGAACCGGUUUCAACACGAGUCAGGGUCGUUUGCUGCGCACGAUAAUGUUUGGUGUAAAACGUGUUACGGCGAACAAUCGUGAAACUUUCGCAUUCAUUCUGUUUUUGCUGAUAUUCGCAAUCGCCGCAUCGGUUUAUCUGUGGAUUAAAGGGAGUGAGGAUGAGUCACGUAGUAAAUACAAACUUUUCUUGGAAUGUUCGUUGAUCUUGACGAGUGUUAUUCCGCCCGAAUUACCUAUCGAGCUCUCGUUAGCGGUCAACAAUUCGCUGAUGGCGUUGCAGAAAUUGGGAAUCACAUUGGUGAACGGCGAUACAGAAGACGAUGACGAUUUGACGAUAAUUCGAUCACCUGCAGACGCACCAGUGGAAUCGAUUCAAGUUCUUGUGGCAUGUCAUAGUUUGGUGCGGUUUGACGAAGAUCUAGUGGGUGAUCCACUCGAAAAAGCAUGUCUGAGUUGGGCCGAAUGGAAUCUUACAAAGACAAUGAAGCGAAUGACCGUGAUCGCGGGUUACAUGCUGCCGGGAACGAGUGACACAAAGCAUCUGGUGGCUGUGAAGGGAGCACCAGAAACGCUGAAGAAUAUGGUGAUUAAUUACGGAUCUGUACCAGACGAUUAUGACAAAACCUAUCAGAAGUUGACACGUCAAGGUGCUCGUGUGUUAGCGUUGGCAAUUAAAGAAGUGGGGACGUUGAGCUAUCAAGAGAUUCGAGAUAGGAAACGUGAAGAGUUUGAAUGCGAUCUGAAAUUCGUUGGUUUCGUUGUGAUCUCAUGUCCGCUGAAAGCAGAUACGAAAAUGAUCGUAAAAGAGAUAAUUGAAUCAUCUCAUCGAGUCGUUAUGAUCACUGGCGAUAACCCGUUAACUGCAUGCCAUGUUGCGAAAGUACUUCGCUUCACGAACAAGUCCAAACCAGUUUUGGUUCUGGAUGAACCGGAUCAGGAUGGUGAAUCGAAUUGGUCAUGGAAAUCAGUGAGCGGCAACGUGACAGCUGAGUUGAUACCCGUCACGAAAUCAGCAUUGACUGAUUUUAUUGCCUCAUAUGAGUUUUGUAUGACUGGAACGGCUUUCGCGUAUCUCCUUCAGAAUCAUCUGCAAUUCCUUCGCAAAAUCCUUCCGCACAUCACUGUGUUCGCAAGAAUGGCACCAAAACAAAAAGAACGCAUCAUAAAUGAGUUGAAAUCACUUGGCUACAUAACGUUGAUGUGUGGUGAUGGCACGAAUGAUGUGGGGGCACUGAAGCAUGCCGAUGUUGGUGUCGCUCUCUUGUCACAUCCGUUCGACGCCAGCAAAGUCGAAGAGAGCCUCAAAAAGAAAGAAGAAGAUGCUAAGGCAUUGGUUGCUGCCGGCGCACCGAACGCUCAAACAGACCACUUAUCAUCGCAUGCUCAUUCGGCACCACCCGCUGCGGCAGGCAUCGCAAAUGGCCCACCGAGACGAUUACAUUCGGCUCGACGCAAUGAUGCCCCUGUAGGUGCCCGGCAACUGCGACACUCGGCAAAUUCGGCGCAGAGUCCGUUCGCGAAACGUUUGCACAAAAUGCUGAAAGAGAUGGAAGAAGAGACGCAGCUGGUGAAGCUUGGCGAUGCCUCUUUCGCAGCACCGUUCACUUCGAAAUAUACGUCGAUUCAGUCGAGUAAGUUGAUCCGAGCUGAUCAGUGCUCAGUGUUUUUAUCUGAUGCGUCUAAAUUGAAUUUAUUUAUAAACUGCCGAAAUAUUUUUAAGUUCAUUAUAAAGUAUUGUGAAGCGGAACGAAGCAUUAUUUUUGAAACAUAG